CUGGGGACGGAAGUGACGUCAUCUGCAGGUUCCUGUCCGCAGAGCAGCAGCAGCUCAUCUGAUGUUGCGUUAUUAUUCCGUUUAAUCGCUAAAUCUCAAUCAAUCCGAUCGUUUACCGCAUUAGACGAGCGUUAUUCGUCCUUCUCGUCUGAUUAACGGCUGAUCGAAGCGCGUGGAACGGUGAGGCGAUCAUCGACAUCAAACACUGCGACAUUACUGCAGUAAUAACUCAUUAAUCUGCAGACAGUGACUCAUCCGGUACUCUAGCGUUUCAGGAGCAGACGCCGAUUGUACAUAUUAAUUUGUAUGCAAAUGUUAGCUGGACUGAGGCGGAGCUCAUGACGUCACCGGGCGCGCAGGGGGGCGGGGCUCUGGCCACGAGGGGCGGAGCCGCGAUCAAGAGGAUGAAGUGGUCUCUGGAGCUGAGCCUGGGCAACAGCAGCAGGAACCGCGGCGACCGGCAGAGUAAGGACGGAGACGUCAUGUAUCCAGUGGGCUACUCGGAUAAACCGGUCCCGGACACCAGCGUGCAGGAGGCUGACCGCAAUCUGGUGGAGAAGAGGUGCUGGGAUGUGGCGCUGGGUCCGCUGAAGCAGAUUCCCAUGAACCUCUUCAUCAUGUACAUGUCUGGAAACACCAUCUCCAUCUUCCCCAUCAUGAUGGUGUGUAUGAUGGCCUGGAGACCCAUCCAAGCGCUCAUGUCCAUGUCAGCCACGUUUAAGCUGUUGGAGAGCUCCAGUCAGCAGUGGCUCCAGGGUCUGGUGUAUCUGAUCGGGAAUCUGCUGGGAUCCGCGCUGGCCAUCUACAAGUGUCAAUCAAUGGGGCUCCUCCCAACGCACUCGUCUGAUUGGCUGGCCUUCAUAGAGCCGCCUCAGAGGCUGGAGAUCAUGGGUGGAGGGAUGGUCAUGUGACACACACACACACACACACACACACACACACUCACACACACACUCACACUCACACACUGUGUAUUUAACAAGAACAUUUUAACCCCACAUAUUCUGACAAUUAAGUUAUACUGAUGAUUUGUGUUUUGAUCUGUUCUGUGAUUUGCUUCAAAUUAAUAAAGUUCGUUUAACAUUUUGCUGCUUUGAA